AAAGAAAGCAGGGAAGAACCAAAAAAAAAAAAGUAAGAAAAAAUCAAUAAAGAAAAUGGAACAAGCGUCAAGCAACUAUACAAACAACCAAAAGAGAAAAACUCCAAUCUGUUUCUCUUCCUCUCAAUUCACACUAAAAAAAAAUCUUCUCUACUUUUUGUUUUCCAUUCUUCCUUCAUGAUCUGGUCUCUUUCGAUUCGUUGAGUGAUUCGAAUUCUCAUUCACUGGGUUUUCCUCUCGUCUUCUCAGAAAAACGAUCGGAGAAUCCAGUCGAUUUAGUAACCCUACGUCUCUGUUUCUGGGUUACACAACCGAUGACUUAUGGCGACGAAGACGAUGCGGUUUCUGAACUGCGACUGAGAGUUGAAGAAGACGGAAUCGAGAAAUUAGGGCAUUAUGUUAAACUUAGUGAAAAUCAGGAAGAGGAAGAAGAUUCAUCGCCGUCUUCCUCUUCCUCUUCUUCUUCUUCUUGUGUACGGAAACGAUCGCUUUGGUUCUGGAUCAAGCUUUCUCUUUUCCUCGCAGUUCUAGCUGCGUUGGGUCUCGCUGGUUACAAAUGGCUCGCUCCUUUAAUCAUGGACAAGGAGCUUAUCCCUAUCAUAAAAUGGGAGAUGAAGACAUUUACACAUCCUGUGUGUGGCAUUCUUGUAUUCGCAUCUAUAGCACUGUUCCCUAUCAUACUCCUUCCAUCUACGCCGUCCAUGUGGGUGGCUGGGAUUACAUUUGGUUAUGGAUAUGGCUUCCUCCUUACAUUUCCAGCUAUAGCUAUUGGUGUAUCUCUUCCUUACUUCAUCAGCUAUCUCUUCUGCCACAAAAUCCAAGGUUGGUUAGAGAGAUAUCCUGAUCAAGCUGCGAUGUUGAGAGCUGCUGGUGGAGGAAAUUGGUUUCACCAGUUCCGAGCAGUGACCUUAAUCCGGAUUUCACCGUUCCCUUACGUUGUUUAUAACUAUUGUGCUGUUGCGACUCGUGUAAAGUUCGGUCCUUACAUCGCCGGUUCUCUCUUAGGCAUGGUUCCAGAGAACUUUGUUGCUAUUUAUACAGGGAUUCUUAUAAGGAAAUUGACAGAUGCAUCCACUGAGGAAGAGAAGGGCAUGUCGAUUCUUCAGAUUGUUCUCAACAUUCUUGGUUUUGUUGCGACUGUUUUGACGACUGUUCUCAUCAUGAAGUAUGCCAAAAGACAGCUCGAAGUUAUGAAGAAGGAAGAGGAAGCUUUGUUGCUGCAGUAAUGGCGACAACAUAGGAAGCUUUUGUGUGUGCUUCUUCCAAAAGUACAGAUUUGGUCCAAGAUGUGAAAGAACUCUGGUUUUUGGUUUUUGGUCUCUGGGUUCUUCAUUUCUGUUUUGCUUUUUUAGCUAAGAAAGAAAAGGGUUUAUAAAAAAAGAAUAUAUAUGAAUAAAAAACACCUAAAAAAUUAACUUCUAACACGAUCUAAUGUUAUGUAUAUUUUUUGAUGUUUGUUCUUGUUUUUUGAUGUCUGAAAGAAAAAUGUGACAAUAACUCAUAUACUAUUGUUGUUAAUGUGGUAUAUAAUAAGCUUUUCAAUCAAUCUUCUCGUUCUUUUU